CCAUCCAAGUUCACAGAUCCCUUGAAAACUUGGACCUCAGGGGAGCGGAGAGGACCACAUAUGGAAGCACUGGGAUCGCCUCCUGGACCCGUUUGUGUUCCAGAUGUCAUGGACCUGGAUCUGUCUUUGCCCCACCUCACCAACUCCUCGGAUGACCCAAGCCCUGAGCCUGGGACCCCUCCAGGAACUCCCCCAGGGUCUGAUGCUCAUCUUCCUGGAGAACUGAAGAGAUCCCAGCCCCUUUCCAUCCAAACCAGCAGGAAACUUAGAGAAGAAGAGCUUCGAGCCUCAUCUCUGCCAGCUAUUCCCAACCCUUUCCCUGAGCUCUGUAGUCCUCCUUCUCAGUCACCCAUCCUGGGGGCCCCAUCCUCAGGGCGGGGGUUCCUCCCAAGAGCUACCAGCGGCACCCAUGUGGUGAAGGUGUACAGUGAAGACGGGGCAUGCCGGUCCGUGGAGGUGGCGGCAGAUGCCACAGCCCGACAUGUGUGUGAAAUGCUGGUGCAGCGGGUACAUGCCCUGAGCGACGAGAGUUGGGGGCUGGUCGAAUGCUUUCCCCACCUUGCACUGGAGAGGGGGCUAGAGGAUCAUGAAUCAGUGAUAGAGGUGCAGGCUGCCUGGCCUGUUGGGGGAGAUAAUCGGUUCGUCUUCCGAAAAAACUUUGCCAAAUAUGAACUUUUCAAGAGUUCCCCACAUUCCCUGUUUCCAGAGGUAAUGGUCUCCAGUUGUCUAGACGCCAACACUCGAAUGAGCCAUGAGGAGCUUAUUCAGAACUUCCUGAAUGCAGGUAGCUGCCCCGAAAUCCAGGGCUUCCUCCAGCUUCGGGGAUCAGGACGCAAGCUCUGGAAACGUUUCUAUUGCUUCCUGCGUCGCUCAGGCCUCUACUAUUCCACCAAGGGCACCUCCAAGGACCCUCGGCAUCUACAGUAUGUGGCUGAUGUAAAUGAGUCCAAUGUAUACCUAGUGACCAAGGGCAGAAAGCUCUAUGGGAUGCCCACCGAUUUUGGCUUUUGUGUCAAGCCUAACAAACUGCGCAGUCCAAAGGGACUUCGGAUCUUCUGCAGUGAAGAUGAGCAGAGCCGAAGCUGCUGGGUGGCUGCCUUCCGCCUCUUCAAGUAUGGAAUGCAACUUUACAAGAAUUACCAGCAGAUGCAAUCCCGCCGAAUUCGCCCAUCCUGGUUUGGUCCCACCCCCCUGAGGAGCGUCUCAGACAAUACUCUGGUGGCCAUGGACUUCUCUGGUCAUGGCGGACGGGUCAUUGAGAAUCCCAGAGAAGCUUUGAGUGCAGCACUGGAAGAAGCCCAGGCCUGGAGGGUGAGAACAGAAAGUGGGGAGAAGGGGGCGUGGCAGCAGCUCGUCCAAAAGGCCUCAUAA